AGCGAUAUCUGUUUUUGUCUCCUAUGUCUAAAUUGUCUUGUUAAUUUCUUAAGUGUCUAUGAUUAAUUAGUCUUUCUUUCCAAGGCUACAAAAUGGGGCAAAUCAUUACCACCCCCUUGAGUCUCACAUUAGAUCACUGGAGAGACGUUCAGAUCCGAGCUAAUAAUCUGUCAGUGGAGAUCAAAAGAAGAAAAUGGCAGACCCUCUGUACCUCUGAAUGGCCCACCUUUAAUGUUGGAUGGCCCAGAGAUGGGACCUUUAACAUCUCUAUUAUCUUACAGGUCAAAGAGCAAGUCUUCAGUCGGGGACCCCAGGGCCAUCCGGACCAAGUCCCUUACAUAGUAGUCUGGGAGAAUCUAGUUGAGGACCCCUCUCCCUGGGUUUCUCCUUUCGCACAUCCAAAGCCUAAGCCCCUUCCUCCUGUUCCCCUAUGCCCUGCUAACCCUCCCAAACCUCCUAUUUCUUCCAAUUUAUAUCCUGUAAUAGAUGAUUCCACCUCUUCCCGGCGUCCUAAGCCAAAGAGAAUCCUUCCUCCUGAUGACUCCCCCUUAAUAGACCUCUUAACCGAGGACCCCCCUCCCUACCGGCACCCCCCUCCACCGGCGCAGAUACCAAAUUCCUCAGAAUCUGAGGAAGAACCGGGUGAUCUGCUAGAGGAACGCCGCCCCUCACCGUCCCCAAUGGCGGGAAGACUUAGGGGUCGCAAGGAACCUACACAGGAGAGAUCUUCCAAGCUUUUUCCCCUGCGCCAAGGGGGGGGGGGUUCAGGCAAUCAACUUCAAUACUGGCCCUUCUCGGCCUCAGACUUAUAUAACUGGAAGUCCCAUAACCCUUCCUUCUCACAGGACCCCAUAGCUUUGACCGCUUUAAUCGAGUCCAUUCUAAUCACACAUCAACCCACUUGGGAUGACUGCCAGCAGCUCUUGCAGACUCUUCUCACUACAGAGGAGAGACAAAAAGUUUUUCUGGAAGCCAGAAAACAUGUUCUGGGAGACGAUGGAAGACCCACCCAACUCCCGAACGUGAUUGAUGCCGCCUUUCCCUUGACUCGUCCUGACUGGGAUUUCAACACGGCGGAAGGUAGGACCCACUUAAAUCUUUAUCGCCAAUUACUCAUAGCAGGCCUCCAUAAUGCGGGGCGCCGCCCCACCAAUUUGGCUCAGGUAAGACAGGUCGCUCAGGGCUCAGAAGAAUCUCCAACUUCUUUCCUAGAAAGACUUAAGGAGGCUUAUCGUAGAUAUACUCCCUUCAAUCCUGACAGUCAUGAACAGAGAGGAAAUGUGUCCAUGGCAUUCAUUUGGCAGUCAGCGCCAGACAUUAGAAAUAAGUUACAGCGAUUGGAGAAUUUACAAGAUUUCUCAUUGCAAGAUUUGUUAAAGGAGGCAGAAAAAAUUUAUAAUAAGAGAGAAACUAAGGAAGAAAGAGAAGAAAGAUUAAGAAAGGAAGCUGAGGAAAGGGAAGACAAAUGGGAGCAUAAGCGAAAUAAAGAACUUAAUAAAAUCUUGGCCGCUGUAGUGCAAGGCAAUCAAGGAUCAGGAACAGAAAAGCCAGGCAAGGAGGCAAAUCGAGACCAAUGUGCCUACUGCAAAGAAAAAGGACAUUGGGUCAAAGACUGCCCAAAGAAACCCCGAGACCAAUGUGCCUACUGCAAAGAAAUAGGACAUUGGGUCAAAAACUGCCCAAAAAGACCUCGUAACCCCAAGGAAAAUAUCAGACAGGUCACAAGAUUAAUGGCCCUGGAUAAGGACUAGGGAUGUCAGGGCCAGGAGCCCUCCCCCCCCGAGCCCAGGAUAACCCUAACUGUCGGGGGGCAACCAGUCACCUUUUUGGUAGAUACCGGGGCACAACAUUCUGUCUUAACCAAAACCCCAGGACCAUUGAGUGACCGGACGGCAUGGGUUCAAGGGGCCACCGGAGGAAAACAAUACCAUUGGACCACGGAAAGGAAAGUACAUUUGGCCUCAGGUAAAGUUUCUCAUUCGUUUCUCCAUGUGCCUGACUGUCCCUACCCACUCCUGGGAAGGGAUCUAUUGACUAAACUAAAAGCCCAGAUCCAUUUCGAGCCAAAGGGAACCACAGUGACGGGCCCCAACGGGACUCCUUUGCAUGUACUUACUUUACAAUUAGAAGAAGAAUAUAGACUGCAUGAAAAAGCCUCCCAACCCAAGGGGGACAUAAAAUCCUGGCUCUCAUCCUACCCAAAUGCCUGGGCGGAAACAGGAGGAAUGGGAUUAGCUAUCCAGCAGCCCCCCAUUCACAUACAAUUGAAGGCAACAGCCAUCCCUGUCAAUGUUAGACAAUAUCCUAUGUCUAACGAGGCUUGUCAAGGCAUUACACCGCACAUACAGUGGCUAUUAGACCAGGGCAUUUUGGCCCCAUGUCGGUCUCCCUGGAAUACUCCUCUACUACCUGUCAAGAAACCUGGUACAAAUGAUUACCGGCCAGUCCAGGACCUAAGAGAGGUCAAUAAACGAGUAUAAGACAUCCACCCUACCGUGCCUAACCCUUAUAACCUACUUAGCACCUUGCCUCCGACCCACUCCUGGUAUACCGUCCUAGAUCUGAAAGAUGCUUUCUUCUGUUUAAGAUUAAGUCCCCAGAGUCAACCCAUUUUUGCAUUCGAGUGGAAGGACCCAGAAUUAGGAAUCUCAGGUCAGUUAAACUGGACAAGGCUGCCACAAGGAUUUAAGAACAGCCCCACGUUAUUCGAUGAGGCCCUUCACCAGGACCUGGCUGAUUUCCGGGUAAGGCAUCCCUCCCUAAUCUUACUCCAAUAUGUUGAUGACAUCUUACUGGCAGCAACAAAUGAGGAGGACUGUCAAACAGAUACUGGGAACCUCCUACGAACCCUUGGCCAAAUGGGAUAUAGGGCAUCCGCAAAGAAGGCCCAAAUUUGCCAGACUAAGGUCACCUACCUGGGUUAUGAAUUGCAUAACGGCCAGCGAUGGUUAAGGGCCGCAAGGAAAGAGACUAUACUCAACAUUCCACUGCCCCAAACCCCCAGGCAACUGCGGGAAUUCCUAGGGACGGUGGGUUUCUGUAGACUAUGGAUCCCUGGGUUUGCAGAAAUAGCGGCUCCCCUGUACCCCUUGACCAAGCAGGAUGCCCCUUUCAUCUGGACCGAACAACAGCAGGCAUUCGAUCAUAUUAAACAAGCGCUCCUCAAGUCCCCAGCGUUAGGCCUGCCGGACAUAACUAAACCCUUUGACCUGUUUGUCGAUGAAAAGCAAGGGUUUGCUAAGGGGGUUCUAACUCAAAGACUAGGGCCUUGGAGACGCCCUAUCGCCUACCUGUCUAAAAAGUUAGACCCCGUGGCAGCAGGAUGGCCACCAUGCCUAAAAAUGAUAGCAGCCAUAGCGGUCCUGAUCAAGGAUGCAACCAAAUUGACUUUGGGACAGGCUUUAACAAUCCUGGCUCCACACACAGUGGAAUCUUUAAUUUGCCAACCCCCAGACCGCUGGCUAUCUAAUGCUCACCUUACUCACUAUCAGUCCCUCCUCCUGGACACAGACAAGAUCCAGUUCGGACCUGUGGUAACUCUCAACCCCGCAACUCUCCUACCCACCCCUAGGGAGGCCCCCUUGCAUGAUUGCCACCAGAUCCUUGCGGAAACGCAUGGGACAUGACCUGACCUAACUGACCAGCCCAUGAAGGAUGCGGACCUUACCUGGUACACGGAUGGCAGUAGCUACCUACAGGAUGGAGAAUGACGGGCAGGAGCCGCCAUCACGACCGACUCUCAAGUUGUGUGGGCAAGUGCACUACCAGGAGGCACUUCAGCACAAUGGGCCGAGCUAAUCGCCUUAACCCAGGCCCUCCAACUGGCAGAAGGUGAGAGACUUAAUGUUUACACAGAUAGCAGAUAUGCCUUUGCCACCGCCCAUAUUCAUGGGGAAAUUUAUCGGAGAAGGGGACUACUGACCUCCGACGGGAAAGAAAUUAAAAAUAAGACUGAAAUAUUGGCCCUACUAAAGGCCUUAUUUCUCCCCAAAAAGCUGAGCAUAAUACACUGCCCAGGCCAUCAAAAAGGAAAUAGCCCAGAGGCCAAAGGAAAUCGCCUGGCCGAUGAAACAGCCCGACGGGCAGCUUUAGGGCCUCAACUAUUGACUGUCACCAUCCUCACUGAGACAGAGGAAACCAAUAAAGCCCCCGUUUGGAAUUAUGAAGAAACCGAUUUAGACAUCAUACAGAGGUUGGGGGCCAAUUACAACCCGGCCCUAAACCGAUGGGAAUAUCAAGGAAAAACCAUAAUGCCCAUUAAAAUGGCAGAGGAACUAAUAAAUCACCUCCAUCGGCUGACUCAUCUAAGUGCAAACAAAAUGAAAUCCUUAAUGGAUAGGGCCAAUAUAGAAAACUAUUUCCCCAAAUGA